UACACUCAAACGUAGUUUCUAUAUAAACCCUAUUUCCUCUCCUUUUAGAACACCAUCAAUACAACAAACUUAGCUACUAGCUAAUAAACACUCUUCUUAUAAUUAAUUUGCAAUUCAGAAAAAAUGGGUGUGAAAUGUGGAGGAGCCCUUUUCGUUCUCGUGGCAAUGUCGGUUUUGGCCAUUGCUACCGCGAACAAGGAUUGGUGGGGUAAUGUUACAGGAAAUUGGAACCAAACAGGACGUGAUUUUUGGGAUUCAUGGCACAAAAAUGCGACUCAGAGAUCCAACAGAAUCAUUGUCGGUGGAUCAGAGAACUGGCGUUACGGCUUCAAUUACACCGAUUGGGCCAUUAAGAACGGACCCUUUUACUUGAACGACACACUAGUGUUUAAGUACGAUCCACCAAAUGACACCACAUUCCCACACAGUGUAUAUUUGCUACCAAAUUUCCGGAGUUUCCUGAAGUGCGACCUUAGAAGAGCAAAAAUAAUCGGAAAAGCGACAGCUGGUGGAGGUAAAGGAUUCGAGUUCGUGUUGAAGAGGUGGCAGCCGUAUUUUUUCGCGUGUGGCGAACACAAGGGCAUCCAUUGCAAAGAUGGCCUCAUGAAAUUUGCAGUUUGGCCCUUGAUCCGUUGGUAUAAUUAAAAAAAAGGACAAUUUUGUGGUGCUAAAAAUAAAUA